UUUCAUUUCAUUUUUGUACAGAAGCAAUCAAUCUUUCGUUUUGAAUCCACGGAGAUGAAAAUGUCCUUAAGAGCACCUUUACUGAUUUCAAACACGGAGGUAUCACUGUUUAUGACGAACAGACAACUCAAAAACUGGGUAUAUUAUGCGUUUUCACUUUGUUUUUUCCACGCUUCCCUGAUGUCCUUUGUUUCCUUAAAAAAAACACAAUGCAUGCUUCAAGUGUCUUGCUGGGUCUGAUGACUCUAUUCUGUGGCAAAACUUGCAUAUUCCAAUGCGACAUUAUUCAAAUCUCCCUGCAAAGGUUCAGUGACUACAAACUUUGAACACAACUAAUCUAUGAUAUAAGUUCUUUUUCUUUGAAAUUUAGCGAAACUUUAGCGAACAGUCAGGCGCAGAGAAAUGUUUGCGGUACAGAUGAACAACAAGGCUUGUCUCUUUGUUAUUUUGCUGCUCAGUAUUUUAAGCGAAGGCGCAGCAGACUGCACCGAUUCAAUAAUAUGCUGUAACAAACUAAACGAAAUACUGAUCAUUGCUGGUGUCAUAGCAGUUUGCUUCUUCUUUUUUAUCCAGUGCAUUGUCAUUGUAUGUCUGGCUAGUAAGCUGAGCAAGGUCCAGAAAAGGUUGGACGUAAUGAGUUUGUCCAGAGGAUCACAUAAAUUGGGCAGCUCUUACCCUGUAGUAUCGUACCAUGAGAAUGCGCUGGAAGAAAAAGAGGAGCCGAAUGGGAAUCCUCGCGCUCGUCGUAUCUCUGGAGCCGUUCCAUCCGUUGGUGGACCUAUCAGAGCCAAUCCAAUUACCAUUUUUGACAACCCACAAAGCAAAGACCAGGAGAUUUGGGGCUUGUACUAAUUUAGGUGCUGGGCACCGGGAACCGAUUCAGAAUUUCCUAGGAUUCUGGCAUAGUUGUAGUUACAAUAACUCCUGGGCGGUCAUUUAAGCUUAUCAUAGAUCAAGAAACAUAAUUUCUUGUUAAUUUAGAUUUUGAAGUAAUAAAAUAUAUUUUUAUUUUUUUAGCUCGAUGCAUUUGCCCUUAUCGAAUAAACUGUAGCAUCUCAGAUAAUUAGGAAAGCGUUUUCGUUUAGCUUUCGGCCUAUUUUCGAUUACACUAAGCACGUUCGUUCUUCGGUGGAAGCACUAAACACUUGUUUUGCUAUACGAUUUUAAAAAAACACUUUAUCGUAGGUUAGCCGUCAUCGCUUUUUUCUAACAGUUAUAGGCUCUUUGCUGAUAUACACUGCAAUGAAAAAAUAUCCGAUCAAAAUAUAGAUGAUGUUACAAG